AUGCACUGGGAGGAGGCAACCGAGUUUCGGCUGGGUGUCAGGUUUUACACAGCAGAGCAGCCAGCCGCCGCCAUCCUGCACCUGGAGAAGGCGCUGGAGGAGUAUUUUGUGGCAGACACCGAGUGCCGUGCGCUCUGUGAGGGACCCUAUGACUACGAGGGCUACAACUACCUGGAGUACAAUGCAGACCUUUUCCAGGCCAUCACAGAUCACUACAUGCAGGUGCUAAGCUGCAAGCAGGGCUGCGUUACGGAGCUGGCCUCUCAGCCUGGCCGGGAGAAGCCCUUGGAGGAUUUCCUGCCCUCGCACUUCAACUACCUGCAGUUUGCCUACUACAACAAUGGGAAUUACGAAAAAGCCAUUGAAUGCGCCAAAACCUAUUUGCUCUUCUUCCCAAACGACGAGGUGAUGAACCAGAAUUUGGCCUAUUACACCGCCGUCCUGGGGGAAAACCUGGCAGGACCCAUCCAACCUCGAGAGGAGAUCCAGGCAUACCGCCAGCGAAGCCUGAUGGAGAAGGAGCUGCUCUUCUUCAGCUACGACGUCUUCGGCAUCCCCUUCGUGGACCCGGACACGUGGACUCCCGAAGAGGUGAUACCAAAAAGGCUGCGAGAGAAACAAAAGGUGGAGCGGGAGACGGCGGCACGCAUCUCGGAGGAGAUUGGGAACCUCAUGAAGGAGAUCGAGACGCUGGUGGAGGAGAAGGCCAAGGAGUCUGCCGAUAUGAGCAAGUUCAUCCGAGAAGGUGGCCCCUUGGUGUACGAAGGAGCCAGUGUCACCAUGAACUCCAAGACCCUGAAUGGCUCCCAGCGCGUUGUGGUGGACGGGGUCCUUUCCGCUGAGGAGUGCCGGGAGCUGCAGAGACUCACCAACGCAGCUGCCUCGGCUGGGGAUGGGUAUCGUGGGAAGACAUCUCCUCACACCCCCAGCGAGACCUUCUACGGCGUGACUGUCCUGAAGGCCCUCAAGCUGGGCCAGGAGGGCAAGGUGCCCCUGCAGAGUGCCUACCUCUACUACAACGUGACAGAGAAGGUGCGGCACAUGAUGGAGUCCUACUUCCGCCUGGAGGUCCCGCUCCACUUCUCCUACUCCCACCUGGUGUGCCGCACAGCCAUCGAUGAGAAGCAAGAAGGCCGGAGUGACAACAGCCACGAAGUGCACGUGGACAACUGCAUCCUCAACGCGGAGGCCCUGGUGUGCGUGAAGGAACCUCCAGCCUACACCUUCCGGGAUUACAGUGCCAUCCUCUACCUCAACGGGGACUUUGAAGGAGGAGCUUUCUACUUCACCGAGCUGGAUGCCAAGACCGAGACCGCGGAGGUUCAGCCGCAGUGCGGCCGCGCCGUGGGCUUCUCCUCCGGCUCAGAGAACCCCCAUGGAGUGAAAGCCGUGACCAAGGGCCAACGCUGCGCCAUCGCCCUCUGGUUCACCCUGGACCCUCGGCACAGCGAGCGGGAGCGCGUGCAGGCAGACGACCUGGUGAAGAUGCUUUUCGGUGCGGAAGAGGGGGAUUUGCUGCGGGAGACGGAGACGGAACCGCUGGCUGCCGUUGCAGUGGGGAAGGACGAGCUGUGACGUCCCAUGGGGACCAGGACGUCCCUGCCGGGACCAGCGACACCAGCGUCGCGGCUUCAGGCUGCUCAGCCGUGGGGCUGCCAGACGGGUCCCCCUUCUGCCCCCAACUGACAUGGGAUGGGGAAUUGGGAGAUGCUCUGCACC